AUGGAAAAGCUUCAUUUUGGCGAUGUUGUUGAAGAAGGGGGUUGUGGUGGCGAUGGUGCCAUGAGUUUUGGUGCGUAUGAGAAAGGGCCACGAGAUCUCAGUAGCGGGUUUACUAUUUGGGGUGAUAAACCGCAAAACCCUGGUGUAGGGUUUGGGCGGAGGAAGCCAACCAAGACUGGUGGGGGCGGGGGCGGUAGCGGUAGUGGGUCGGCGGCGGUGGUGAUGAUGACAUGCGGUAGUGGUGGCGGCGACAAUUGCGGCAGUGGUGGUGAUGGCGGCGGUGGUGGCACUGGUGAUGAUGGUGAUGGUGAUGGUAGGUUGAUGAUUGUGGUAGCGGUGUUGGGUGGGUGA